AUACAAACCACACCGUGUUCAUAACAUCAUAUUGGUUUUCGGAAGAUAUAUUAAUUUUAUAAGCCGAUCAAUGUAUACCGCAUUCGUAUGACUCAUGGACCGAUAAAGGAUUUAAUGAUAAGGAUGAUAGUCAUGUGAUCUACUAGGUCAGACUCACUGACAGAUGCAAUAUACAUUGAGCUGCCACGUCUCUGAAUGGAACUGAAGAAAUCCAUGUAGAUUUCACAUAAAAUCAACAACUUCAGCGCGUUCAAUAGGGAUGGAAUCUUAGUGAAAUCUACAAUAAGACAUGAGAAUGAAUUCCCCAACUGGAAGUGUGGAUUAUGAGAGCGAUACUCCAUGGUAUGAAAAUGAUUUACAAUUAGCAGCUGAAUUGGGCAAGACUUUGCUGGAACGGAAUAAGGAACUGGAACAUCAAGUUGCACUGCUUCAGCAAGAGAACCAUGAAAAAGAACUUGAAGUAGACUUUCUGGCAAAGCAAGUUGAUACCCUAAGAGACUUGGGUGAAUCCAGGUCUAGAGUGUAUGAUGAGGUUGACAAGAAUUCCCAUAAGCUGGAACAUGCCAUGAAACGACAGACUCAGCAAAGCCACAACGAUAAACAAAAGAUCAACAGGUUGAAUGAUACUAUCAGUAGCCUAGAGACAAAGUGUGAAAACCUACAAGCAACGCUAGAAGAACUACGUAAAACAGACCGUAAACGCAAACGACGUGAACGUCGGUCCACCGUCAGCGUUCCCACCGAAAAAGAAGUUCUAGAGCUUUUCCAUUUUUAUAACUUACAUACCAAAGAUAACGAACAGCUACACUCCAUUUUCCACCAACCAAGUCAGAAUGAGAUCCAGUCUUUGAAAGAUCACAUAAAAGAACUAAGGGAUCAAGUCAAUGUUCAAAAAGCAAAAUAUUCAGAACUUGACACUGAUUUUGGGAUCUUAGAGCAAGAGAACAAACAUCUCACUGAGAGAAUACAAGAUCAAGAACACAAGGAAAUUGAUCUCAUUAAAGAUCUAGAACAUAAAUACGAAAAACAGCUACAGGAUAUAGAGAGGUCAAAUGCCACAAAGAUGUGCAGAAGCUGUCAAAAACAAUUUGAACAACACGAAAAGGAAGCAAAAGUUUUGGAACCAAAGGUUGAGUAUGACGUUGAAAAUGUCCGACAAGGAGUAUGCGUCCGACUCAAGAGUGGAGGUAGCGCGUUUGGAAGUAGGGAGUCCCUCAAUAAAGCUGGACUUGAAACAAGUGACGAUUUGGUGACCUCUCUUACGGACAACUCACUCCUCAGUGAGCUUGACCAGCAGUAUCAUUCCCUAGUUGAAAAGUAUGAAUCUCUCAUUGACUCUAGGAACAAAAAGAUCUCAACCAAAGAAGUCCAAACAACAGUGAUCAAGUCUUCCAUUACGACAAGCAUUAGUGUGAAAAGUCCUAAAAAGAUCGACCAACAUAGGUUUGAUCAUGGACCUCCAGAAUACAAGAAACUAUUCAAAGAGAUAUUCGACACAUUGAAAAAAUCUACAAUUUCUGAAGCUGCUAGUGGGAAAGAUGAUAUAGAGAUAUAGACUUCGCAACAGCCUAAAACAGAUACUAGCUUUAUCGUACCACCAUAAUGGGAUUUAUUAUCUACAACGUCUACCUUUUCUGGAUAGCCAAGCAUCUAAGUAUGCGAUAUAUAAGAUCACCCAAGAUAUGGUUUCCUCUCCAAGAAAUAAAAGGAACAUAUCCGAUAAAAUCAUUCUAUUUAGAAAUUUCUCUUGAUUGGUAUAAAUUGUAUCUGCUAUUUGGGCGUUUUAAUGGCAUUUGGUUUGUAUCUGAUGGUUGGGACAUUGGUGCAAUUAUCAACGCCGUGUAUCUAUUUAUUCUAUUAUUCUAAGCAUUGCUUGCAGCAUUGCGAUCUUUUGCUUACUAGUAUAUGCUGUUGCAGGAUUCGCUGGGAAGACUUGCAUAAGGGUUAACAGAUGGCAAACGGUGUUGCAACUUGCAAUAUUUGAUUAUGUGAUUAUUUAUCCGAGGUUUACGAAUUUAUUAUUAUUUCAUCUAAC